UAAACAGUGAUAGAGUUGAUUGCUCUGAGCGGUAACAGGUGCUCUCUGCUCCUAACGCUGAACACUUCAAACCCGGGAUGUAAUGUCGGAGCUGGAGCUGGAAGAUGACCGGUAGAGAUGUUUGAAGAACUUUGUGCGGAGGAGAAGUCAAAAGGUAAAUGUUUAGCGUCGACUUUUAUUCUCUUCUUAUCUUACCAACUUGCUGUGACGUGUACCAGAGCUCCACAUCCUCACAUCCUGCAGGAACAGGUGCAACCAGCCCACAGCUCACCGUCCUGUUCCGUCUUUUAUCUGCUUGUUUAUGCAAAGAAUUAUACUAUGGGCUUUUUCUCUUGGACACUUAUUUCAAAGUUGACCUCUUCUGUUGAAAGGAUUCUACGAGUGUAAGCCCACCAAGUGCUCCAUGUGAAGCCAGACAGCAGAGACCGUCAGCUGCCGAUCAUGAAGAGGAACAAACAGAUCGACGUCAAGCGGGCCCUCGCUCUGGCCGGCACCUUCAACUUCCUGUGCUCCUGCGCCUCGGCCUGCCUGCUGCCCUUCCUCACGCUGUACUUCAGACAGCUGGGCCUGUCUCCUGCAAUGACAGGCAUCGUCAUGGGCACCAAGCACCUCAUAGUGCUGGUGUUGAGCCCUGCGGCGAGCCUGCUCUCCAAACACUACAACAAGAGGCGAGCGGUGAUAAACGGCUCUGUCGUGUGUUCGGCAGCAGUCGCUCUGGUUCUGCUGCUGAUCCCGCCUGUAGAUGUGCACGCUCAGACGGCCUACUGCAACAUGUCUGAUCUGUCUAGCGGCCCGACACUAAGUCCAGGUGCUGGCUUGCUAAUAAACAGCGUUGCACCUUCCACAUCAGCUAGAACUCACCCUAAAACCAACAGCACUCCUGUUUCCCAGUCUGCUCUCACUUCUCCAGCAAAAACAGCCACUGAUACUAAGUCUGCUCCUGUGAUGACGAGCAAAUCUGCACAUAAAGAGCAUGCUAAAUCUGGAACUCAUCACUCACAACAGACUUUAGCAUCUGAGGUCAACGUCGCUACUGGAGAACCAAAGAUCAGCAGCUCAGUUAUUCCCCAGACCGGAAGCUCUCCAGUGAGGAAUAAGAGGUCCAAGCUCAGAUCAGGAUCAGAAGAACAGCUCGGAGAAAAGACGGCAGAGGAAGGCCAGUUUGAAUUUCUGGGCAGCCUGAAGGUGAUGGACCCUGAACACCAGCUCUUCUUCUUGAUCCUCAUCAUCGUGUCGGUGUGGGAGUGUGUGUCAGCCCCCCUGGAGUGGACCGCAGAUGACGGACUAUACGAGUAUCUGGACUUUGCGGAUGCUUCGGACCGCUACAGCAGCAGCGGGCUGUGGGGUUUACUCGGAGCAGCGUGUGGAGUUGCAGGAGCCGGUUUGCUGGUUAGCCAGUUACGCUGCCUCAUAGCGGGCCAGAUGCCCCGCAGCGCUGUGCAUUUCUACUGCUACGCUGGAGUGUCCUGUCUGGCCCUGCCUGCAGCCACCUACCUCCCCCUCUACCUGAAUAAGAAGCGAGACCGAGCCAACGGGCUCCUGAAAGCCGUGCAGCUGGUGCGUGGCUCGCCCCGCGCUCUGCUCUGCGCGGUCACCACCCUGCUGGUCGGGGUGGCGUGCUCAGCCGUGGAUAACUUCCUCCUGUGGCAGAUGCAGGAUCAUGGGAGCGGAGAGCUGCACAUGGGGCUGUCUCUGGCCCUCGCUCUGCUCUCUCAGGCUGCCUUUCCUCUGCUGGCGGGCCGAAUGUCAAAGCUCCUCAGCCCGGGACGAGUGCUCGCUGUUGGGGCGUCAAGUCUCGGGCUGCAGUGCUUCUAUUACUCCUUCCUGUGGGGGCCGUGGGCUGCCCUGCCCGCUCAGGUGUUGAGCUGUUUCAGCAGUGGAGCCCUGUGGUGGGCGGUGAGGGUGCAGUGUGAGGACGUGGCCACGCCGGGGGCUGAGAGGAGUGUCAGCAGGGUCUACGGCACUCUGUCUCUACACCUGGGGAGCGGGCUGGGGAGCUUUGCCGGAGGGUUUGUGGUCCAGUGGUUGGGCCUGAGGUGGUUGUUCAUAGGAGUAGCCGUGGGCUUGAUGCUGUGGUGUGUGUGUCUGCCUCUGCUGCAGUGGAAAGCCCCUCACCAGCGCAGGAUUAACUAUUCUCGCCUUCUGGCGGCUGAUGCAAGUGAAGCCAGUGACUCUGAGUCCGAACAGGAGAGAGACUGGUUAGAAAAGGCAAUGGAAGACGACAGAAGCAAUAACGGCUUUGGAAGAAGGAUAAACCACUGAAACCAUUGAGGGAGGGUCUAGCUGCAGAGCUCCAAGCUGGGACCCACCUCCUUCAUCCCCCUUUCUAGUCCAGAGCUUGGAGAAGGAAGUGUACAUCUUAAAUAAGCAUGCGUUCAUUAAUUUGAAUAUUGCCUGUUUCAUGCUUCUUGUGGUCAGUGGUGCAGAUGGUGCAACAGGUCGCUACAAACACCUCGUUGUUGGUACUGAGUGCAGACAGAGAGGCUCCAAGAAUGGACCUCAUUUCUUCUAUAGUCCUUCUCUACUGAUGUAGAUUACAUUGAAUCAUAUUUUACACACUUCAAGCCCUGUAACUAGCAUUGCUAUAAAGUCUUGGAGAUGCAUGAUAGGCGCUCAGAGCCUCUGCACACAGGAACCAAGGCCACAAACACCAUGACGACCAUUCUGACUGCAAGAAAGCAUAAAACACGCUUAAGCCACAUGACCUUAUAAUAAUAAUAACAUCAAGGUAAACAACAAAACCUUGAUAUUUUCAAUAUAACUUGAACUUUUAAAGUUCCUUUAACGUAACAGCAAAUAACUUUACUAUAAUAAUAUGUAUGCUAAUGCAAGCUAACUUUAGCUACCUAUGCUAAUGUUGUUAGCAAACUAAUGUUAGCUGAAAUGAUUAGAUUAAGCUUUUUGUAUUUUAUUUCCUGUUUGUUAAAAUUAGCAUAGCAAGCAGUAAAGGUUUAGUUGUUUAACUUAUAAAAAAUAUAAAUUACAGUUAUAUCCAAACAAUAUACUAGGUUGUAUUGUUAACCUUGAUGUUAUUGGUCACUCAAAACUAAUGAACGGAAGCUAACGUAUGCUGAUGAUCGUCUCUGAAGCCUGUAACACAAUGGCAUCUAAACAUCUAAUACUCUUAUUUAUUAACCGUAAACAAUGAAAAAACAUCAUGUUGCCUAACUGAAACCAAAUGUCAGAAUCAGCUUAUAGGCUUACUGUGCAGUGGCUUGGCCAUGAUACAAUGUAUUAAAUAUACAAUCAGUAGGCUACUUAUUUAUUAUUUAUGAUUGAUUAAGCGUGAACAAACAAUACACAGUGCAGUAUGAUAAAAUGGCAUGUAGGCGUUGUUUAUUGGUAAAGAAGCUCAAUAAACACAUGAUUUUCCACCACAGGUCCUGGUGUUGGAGAUAGGUCCCAGUGCUGGAGGUGGGCCUGAGCUUUGAGCUCUGCAGUGGGACCCUUCUGAACCUCAGAGUGUCAGAGUGAAAAAGGACUAAAAGGAUUUACCCUAGAAAAAGUUCAAAUCCUAAAAUAAUUUCUGAUGGUAUGGAAAUGCGUAGGGAUGCAUGAUAUGCCCCCAGUGACCUGCUUCUAAUGCUCAAAGUUCAGAACCUUAAGUUUAUACACACCUCAGGGUUAGAAAGGCUGAAAUGAAAUUAAUCAGGCAGCUUAGGACCAGAUUUGAGAAGAAUGGGGACAAAAGCACCACAUUUUUCCAUGUGCUCUCAAUUACCAUAGGUUUCAAUUUUUGAUUGGAGACAUAGAAAAUCUAUGAGAACUAAUAUAUCUUCCAAGCCACUUAGAUGGUCAAUCUUGGUCUCAAAAAAUACAUUUUCUGGGCCAGGGAAUCAUUUAAAACGAUUGAGAAUAUGUUAUAUGGGACAAGACACAGACCAUCUCCUUUAUUCAUAUUUAUUUGGGUUUGACAAUUAUUUGAAACAUUUGUUAUAAUAUAUAAUGUAAAUACACAACCCAACAAAAUAUGACAUAGGUCUAGUCGUUUUGUGACAUUUUAAUGCAAAAAAUAUUACAUAUUAUACCUUUAACAUUCCAUAGCUCUGACCAAUCAAAUCCAACUGUAACCACUGUUGUUAACGCAGCAAAAACAAUUUGAACUCUUCAAAUGUUCUUUUUUUUUUUCUAGUACAAUGCAUCAAAAAACAUUGCAAACAUACUUUUAUGCAGCAUUUUGCAGAACAAUUCAAACUAAAUCCCUUAUGAUAUGAUCUAUUUCUUCUUUGUGUUUAUUUUUUUGUAAUAGAUUUUAUUGAUUUUUAUCGAAACAAAAAAAUAAACAACAUAAGUGCUCUCUAUAUUCACAAAGAUAUCGCAACAGAUAGGAAAUUAAACCACCAUCCAAACCAAAAUGAGUUCAAGUACGUCACGACUGACCUCAUUCCAAAAAAUAGAUAAAUAAAAUAAGAUAAAAAUAAGUGAGUAACUUAUUUAGAGUAAAUCUGUGUUUAUUAGAAGAUCACAAACCAACAUUAAAGGUGUAUAGCGCCACCUUCUGUGUUGGAGUGUACAUGAUGUACUUGUUAGGUCAAUGAAAGCAAUUGAACUUUUUAUUAUGGGCUCCAUUUUUUUUUCAUCAUGCAUCCAUAGAAAUGAGAAUAAGCGCCAUUUCAGUUACAGACAUGUCACUCUUUAUCAUAAGGUAGCCCAGACCAAAGCAGGAUAAUAAACCUGGCAGCUGUAAUUAAAAUGGAGCAAUUGGCUUUCAUUAUUGCUCAUAACUUUCUCAUCAGAAUUUUUUAAAAAUGUUAUCAGUUAAAGUGUGAGCUGUGCUGAUGGACCCUGGGAUUCGUCUCUGCGCCACCUGAGCCUUUACAAAUGUGAAUUAGCAUAAGCAAUCAUUUAUCUUUUUAUAGUGUAAACAAGGCAGCAGGAUUAUGGGCGGGCAGAAGAAGAGUGGAGUUCAGCAGCUCCACCAUCAUGACAGUAGAAACUCUGACACUCAGCAGGAGUGUAAACACGAGACGUGUGCACAAGGUGAGGCCAAACUAGACCUGAACACACCCUCACUGUGUUUAUCUACACCUACAGUCAUUCAUUGUGACUGUGUGAACUGAUAAAGCAGAGUUGUGUGUUUAACCCUCUUGUUAUGCUGCGGGUCAAAUCGACCCAUUUCAACGUUUAAAAAUCCAAAAAAAAUUCAGUAUUUUUUUUCGGGAUGAAACUUCUUCUGCUUGGCUUUAUCAAUGUAAUCAACAUAUAAAACGAAAAUGGUUCAUUUCACAUAUUUGCACGUUUAUAUUAUAUAGAUACUGUUCAAUGGUCAAUCUGACCCUGAACAAAAGAGUUGACUCGUGCCACUAACUCCAUAAAAGAAAAAAAUGUAAAAUACAAUUUUCAAUAACUCAAUGUCACUUAAAACUAUUGUAUUUUAUAUGUAGGUCUUUCCAAUGUUCAUAAAAAAAGUUUUAACAUGCAUUUUUUUUAUGACAAAACGAGUGAAUUAUCCUCAUUGAACCUGAUCUGUGAGAGGUAAAUAACACCAUUGCACUGAAUAUUCAUUGAAAUCUUUAGUAAUGGAGUUAUUAAUGAAAUAUUAACAAUGUUUAUUGGGAUUUUUUCGUUUUUGUGACACUUUUGGAUAAUUAAACAUGCCCCGGAUAAAAUUGACCCAUGAACAUUAUUGUUGUUCCUGAGAAAACAAACAUAACAGGAGGGUUAACUGCAGAGUUAUGUGAUUGUUGUUGUGACAGACGUCUUUGCUCACCUGUGUCAGGUUUGUCUAACCUGUAUUUCUCGGUGACCGUGCGGUGACACUGGAAAGUGUUCUCUUAAGUUAGAAACGUUGAUUGUGGAUUACAGAUGCUGUAAUUUUAUGUCAUGAGGUCAAAUUAAUACAAUUUAGAAUGUAUUUUGUCUGGAAAGUUUGUGUGUCUGUUGAAUCCAAGUACUGUGAAGAACCAGUCCCUUUGUAUACAAGAGUCACCUUCUCUUGAAUCUUUGCCAUGAAUAAAUAAAUAUGCUUUCAA